CCCAAGGAGGAAAUGAGCGCCCGGCCGCCCCGCCCACGGGCCGCCCCCCACGUUAGGGGCGGGGGGCUGCGCGCGCAGCCAGCGCGGGGCGGCGGGAGCCGCCGCAGUGGGGCGACGGGCGAGGUACGGCACGGGCACCCCGGCAGCGGGCGGCUCGGCCCCGGCCCGCUUCUGGCUCUGCCCCCGGGGAGCUCGCCCCUCGCCCGCCCCGCCGGCCGGGCGGUGCCGGAGUGCCCCUGCCUGGCCGGUGCGGCGGUUUCCUGGCGUUGUCUGAACGUCGAUUUAAAGCCUGUCAAACAGGCAGAGGGGCGGGGCGGGCAGCGAGACGCGGCGCAUCCUGGGGCGGGCGGAAGGAUACGGGCGCUGCGCGGCUACCUGCCGGCGGGAGCGGGAAUCCCUCUGGGGCGGGCGAGCGGGCUGCGCUGCGGCUGCGCCGCCUCCGCCUCGAAACCCGCCGACGGGGAGCCGAGGCGGCGGGAGGGCUCCUGGGAAAGCUGCUUGGCGCCUUGUCGGGAGGCUGACGGAAAAGAUGGCAUCUUCGGCUGGGAAAACUGCGCGCAGCAGUUAAUAGCCUGCAAGAUGGGCGCCGGGCUUUUCGACGUGACUUCUGGAGCUUCCUGGCCGUCUGCCAGGCCGGGGAAUGAACGUUUGCACUCUGGAGAACCGAGCUCGGCGGUGCCGGCGCAAGUCAGUGCCAUCAAACAACCAUGAAAGAAAAGGGAGUUAAAUUCCACCUGCUUCUGAAGAAAUGAAGCUUCAGUUUCACCAUUUGGCAAUAAUAAAGAAUAGAGCAUAGCGUUUGCCCUUAAUUGCAGUCUAGCACUGAGCUGCUACUUUAAAGUCAAAUUUAUCAUCCUUACUAUCUGUGAUUUCUCAAGCAACGCUAUUAGGACAAGUAAAUACUUUUCCCCUCUUGCCAGCAAAGUCAUAAAGCUUCUGUAGGCUAAGUUAGUCUGUCAGCUGGGUUGCACAGCUGUAAUUGAUUGUCACUCACUACAUCACUGAUGAAGAUGCUCCAGAAAUCUCUCAUGACUCUCGCUGGUAGCAGAAAUAAUACAUUCGCUACAGAAUAGAUUCUGAUGUACUUGUCCCCACAUCCAUAUAUAUAUGAAUACACAGAUUUUUCAGUGAGAACUUGAACGAUUUUGAAAACCAAGCCACCCUACAAGUGAUUUGACAUGGUUACCCAUAAAAGGGUUUCAGGAACUAAAGAAAGGCUAAUCAGCUCCUGCAAAGGUUCUUCUUGACUUGUAAGGACAUGAGAUGGAGGAAGGCAAAACCACAGUACAUCUGCUGCUGGAGCAGAUAAUGAGCUCUUCGGGGGGGGGGGGGGCACUAGCAAAGGCUGCUGUACCCUACAGGUAUGGGGGAAAGGUAAAAUGUAUGGAUUGCUGUGUUGUGAAGAAAGUGAUACAGAGAAGUCUUUCAGGUAACUACUAGGUAAAGAUCUGGGCAGCAAAAAGCCCAAAUUUGACAUCCAUGAACUCUCCUUCUCUUACAGAAGCUUCCUGAAUACUAGGCUGCAGGCUUAAUGCUUUCUUUAUAUCCCCUGAUAAGAUGUU